UGAACUUUGCAGGGUCCAGGUUUAAAGAAGAACUACCAGAUUAAUUUAAAAAGCAGCUCAGGUCCAAUAAAUGUGCUUUUAGUGAAUAAAGACUCAGACAACCAGUCACCUGUAGUGGUUCAAGUCCCACCCCCUGAUGAAGGUUUAGCCAGUCAGUGCCAAGCUGCAGCACAAGAAGUUGACCAAAAUUAUAACCCUAACCAAAAUACGAGACAAAAAGCCAACAAAAAUCAAAGAUCACCUAUUAAAUCUCCAUUACGACAAUCGCAGCCCACCAGUGUCCAUGGUGACCGCAUGGCAACAAGGUCAUCUCCACGGAAACAAGGUCAGCAGACACAGUUACAUCAGCAAGCAUCUACCUCUCUUGGACUUCCAACUGGCAUGGACAGUCUUCCAAGUGACAUCCUGUUUGAUGAAGCAAAAUCUGACUUUGACACCAUGGAUGGACAGCUUAUUGAGGAGCUCAUGACAUCUGAAGCUUUUGCACCAUUAUUACGAUUAAGCCCGCCACCUAGUGAUAAAGACUAUUAUUUCAAUCUGGACGACAGUGAAGGAGCGUGUGAUUUGUUUGAUGUACCAUUGCUCUCUAUGUAAUAUUUGCCAUGUAACGCUCAGAAAUCACACCAUAUCACACAUUGCCAGAUGUGACAAGCAGUUGAUACAGUUUCAGGCACAGUGAAAAUUUGAAUCUAAAACAUACUGGAUCUUGUUACAUGCACCCCUGGUGUGUAGGUUACAAACACGAGUUGGAGACAGUUGGCAUUGGUCUGGAUUGUGGUCAGUUGCAGUAGUUUUGAAGAUUGAUAAAAUAAUUGUACAAUAUGCUGUCAUAAGCAUUUUCAUAUUAUGCUGAUGUUUCCCACAUCAAAAUGUGAAAAUUUCUUACACAAACUUCGAGCUUCCUAAUAAAUUCAUUGGUAGCAAAUA